CUUCAAAGACAUCAAGUGUUGGAAAAAUGUCAAUCGAAAUUAAACUUGUUACUGUUGGUGAUGGUGCUAUUGGUAAAACUCUCCUUCUCAUGUCUUUUGCCUAUGGAAAGGUUGUAGAUACUAAUUACAUUCCAACUGUUUUUGACAAUUAUAACGCCAAUGUUAAUUAUAAGGAUGAAGUUUUUAUUUGUGGUUUGUGGGAUACUGCUGGUCAAAUAGAAUACGAUCGUAUUAGACCACUUUCUUAUCCAGAUUCUGAUGUCUUUUUGUGUGCCUUCUCUAUUAUUAAUCCUGAUUCAUUUGAAAAUAUUUCAAGUAAAUGGGUACCAGAAGUGAGACAUCAUUGUCCUGAUGUACCUAUUGUUCUAGUUGGUACAAAACUUGACCUUCGUAAUGAUUCUGAAGUUAUUCAACAACUUCAAAAGAAGGAAUUGGCACCAGUUACAACUGAACAAGGACAUAAACUUGCUGCUGAACUUCAAUGUGCUGAUUAUAAGGAAUGUUCUGCCAUCACUCAAGAUGGUUUAAAGGAAGUUUUCUAUGCUGCUAUUGAUGCUGUAAUGAAAGUUAGACAUGCAAAGGAAGUUGAAGAUAAAAAGGCUGUCAAAGAUGCAAAGGACAAGAAAUGUUUAAUGAUGUAAUUCAUCUCCAUUAUGAUGAUCAUGAUGAUGAUAUGACUACACACACCACAUAUCCAAAAUUAAUCAAAGCACCAAACAUAUAUGAUUGAGGGAGAUUGAGAUCUACAUUUUUUCAAGUUGAACAAAUCAUAUCCACACAAAUGACACCACAGUCCUCUCAACUCUUCUCUCACAUAUUUCUCUCUCUCUUCAUAUAUAUAUUUUUUACACAUUUUGUCCAUUCACACAUAUUUUAAUCACACACAUUUUUCUUUAAACACACUUUAGGAAGCAGACAAUAACAAACUCUACUUCAAUUAUUAUUGUACAUAAUAAAUAAUAUUUGUUAUUAUU